AUGCUGGGUGUGAUGGUCGGCUCCCACGCUGACAUGGCGCCGGCCUCCACCGCGGAGGGCACCGGGGAGAAGCCGGGCUCUGCGGCCCCGGCCCCUGCCGCCCAGUACGAGUGUGGGGAGUGUGGCAAGUCCUUCCGCUGGUCCUCCCGGCUCCUGCACCACCAGCGCACACACACAGGCGAGCGGCCCUACAAGUGCCCCGACUGCCCCAAGGCCUUCAAGGGCUCAUCAGCCCUGCUCUACCACCAGCGGGGCCACACGGGUGAACGCCCCUACCAGUGUCCCGACUGCCCAAAGGCCUUCAAGCGCUCGUCGCUGCUGCAGAUCCACCGUAGUGUGCACACCGGCCUGCGGGCCUUUACCUGUGGCCAGUGCGGCCUGGCCUUCAAGUGGUCGUCGCACUACCAGUACCACCUGCGUCAGCACACGGGCGAGCGGCCUUACCCAUGCCCCGACUGCCCCAAGGCAUUCAAGAACUCGUCCAGCCUGCGGCGCCACCGCCACGUGCACACGGGGGAGCGGCCCUACACCUGCAGCGUCUGCGGGAAGAGCUUCACCCAGAGCACCAACCUGCGGCAGCACCAGCGCGUGCACACGGGCGAGCGGCCCUUCCGCUGCCCGCUCUGCCCCAAGACCUUCACGCACUCGUCCAACCUGCUGCUGCACCAGCGCACCCACGGCGCCGCCCCCGCCGCUGCCUCUGCACCUCCGCCGCCGCCGCCGCCGCCGCCACCGCGGGAGCCUGCCAAGGUCUUCACUGACACCUACCUGCAGCCGCACCUGCACUCCCCCAGCCCGUCGGCGCCCCCGCCCCCCGCGCCCCCGCCCGUGGUGCCCGAGCUCUUUCUGGCAGCCGCGGAGACCACAGUGGAGCUGGUGUACCGCUGCGACGGCUGCGAGCUGGGCUUUGGCAGCGAGGAGCUGCUGCUGGAGCACCAGCCCUGCCCUGGCCCCGAGGCGGUGCCCGUGCCCCAGGACGCGCCUCCAGAAACGCCCAAGGCCGCCCCACCGGCUCCGGCCCCGCAGGCACAGCCGCCUCCUGCCACUGCCACCAUCCCCAGUUUCGCCUGCCUUCCCUGUGGGAAGUCCUUCCGGACGGUGGCCGGACUCUCCCGCCACCAGCACAGCCACGGGGCAGCCGGCGGGCAGGCGUUCCGCUGCGGCAGCUGUGACGGUGCCUUCCCGCAGCUAGCCAGCCUCCUGGCGCAUCAGCAGUGCCACGUGGAGGAGGCGGCGGCCGGGCGCCCGCCCCCACAGGCCGAGGCCGCCGAGGUCACCUGCCCGCAGGAACCGCUGGUCCCCGCUGUCCCAGCCCCGCAGCCACCAGCGCCUACGCCUGCGCCCGCCUCGGCCGAGCGGCCCUACAAGUGUGCGGAGUGCGGCAAGGCCUUCAAGGGCUCGUCAGGGCUGCGCUACCACCUGCGGGACCACACGGGCGAGCGGCCCUACCAGUGCGGUGAGUGCGGCAAGGCCUUCAAGCGCUCGUCGCUGCUGGCCAUCCACCAGCGCGUGCACACGGGCCUGCGCGCCUUCACCUGCGGCCAGUGCGGCCUGACCUUCAAGUGGUCGUCGCACUACCAGUACCACCUGCGGCUGCACACGGGCGAGCGGCCCUACGCCUGCGGGGAGUGCGGCAAGGCCUUCCGCAACACGUCGUGCCUGCGCCGCCACCGCCACGUGCACACGGGCGAGCGGCCGCACGCCUGCAGCGUCUGCGGCAAGAGCUUCGCACAGACCUCCAACCUGCGGCAGCACCAGCGCGUGCACACGGGCGAGCGGCCCUUCCGCUGCCCGCUCUGCCCCAAGACCUUCACGCACUCGUCCAACCUGCUGCUGCACCAGCGCACCCACUCGGCCGAGCGCCCCUUCGCCUGCCCCAUCUGCAGCCGCAGCUUCGUCAUGGCCGCCUACCUGCAGCGGCACCUGAGGACGCAUGCCCCAGCCACCCCUGCUACCCCGGCCACCGGACCCCCAGCCCCUGCUCCGUUGGCUGCUGCUCCAGCCCCACCGGCCACUCAAGAUGUACACGUGCUCCCCCACCUCCAGGCUACGCUUUCCCUAGAGGUGGCAGGGGGCCCGGCCCAGGCCCCACCCCUGGCCUCAGCAUCCCCCAACUCUCAGACGUUCCUCUUGGUACAGACUGCCCAGGGCCUCCAGCUAAUCCCCAGCAGUGUGCAGCCCCCUACGCCUCCACCGCCCCCUGCACCCCCCAAGCUCAUUCUGUUGCCCUCCUCCAGUACUGGUGGUGGGGGCAGCCGGGCCAGGCAGGGCCUGCGGGCAGUAGGGAAGGCUGGUCAGGGGACUGGCUUAGUCUGGCUGCCAGGCCCUGGGGGACUGGGGGUGCAGGGAGGGGGCAACGCUGGGGCUAAUGGAGCAGGGCAAAGCCUCAUCCUUCUGCAGAAUGUGGGCAGUGGGGAGGUGGGGCCACCGGAAGUUAGCGGGGUCCAGCUCCAGCCCCUCCGGCCAGCCCCAGAGGUGACCGCAGUUCAGCUCCAGCCAGCGCAGGAAGUGACCACGGUCCAGCUCCAGCCAGCACAGGAAGUGACCACGGUCCAGCUCCAGCCAGCACAGGAGGUGACCACGGUCCAGCUCCAGCCUGUGGCAGGCCAGCUGUCCAAUCCCAGUGGGGGAGCCGUGACUACUGAGGCCCCCAACCUGCUGGUAGUUCAGAGUGGGGCAGCGGAGGAAUUGCUGGCGGGCUCUGGCACGGGGGAGCCGGGUGAUGGUGAGGCCACCGCGGGUGUGGUCCAGGAUGUGCUCUUUGAGACGCUGCAGACGGAUGAGGGAUUGCAGAGCGUCCUGGUACUCAGUGGGGCAGAUGGGGAGCAGACCCAGCUGUGUGUACAGGAGGUGGAGGCCCUCCCCUCGGGGCUGGCCGAGCCGCCUGCCCCCGGGCCUCCUGGACAGAAACUGCUCAUCAUCCGCAGCGCCCCGGCCACCGAGCUGCUGGAGAACAGCAGUGUUGGGGGAGGUGCGACCACACUGCAGCUGCUGGCCCCACCGCCGCCCAGCCCAGCCUCUGCCCCUGCCGGCAUCCCUGCGGCUCCUGCCUCCCAGAUGGUGCAAGUGGUCCCCUCUGCAGCCGCACCGGGCGCCAUGGCCUCGCAGGGCCUACCCUCUAUUCAGAUUGUCCAGACUCUGCCUGCAGUCCAGCUGGUGCACACAUUUUGAGAAGAACCACUGGUACUUCUUCCCGCCCCCACACAGGCCCCGACUCCCUGUCCGCCUGGCCUGGGCUGGGGGCAGGAGUAGUGCA